AUGAUCGCGACUCGCCCGGUGGAGCGCAGCCGCUCUGCCCUCCACAAGUCAAGCCAGCUCCAGCUCCAGCUUCAGCUCCACUCACGGCUGCACUCACGGCUGCUCAACCUCAACCACAACCAUGCCAACCGUGAUCCAGCAGUCUACCGCCCCCGCCUCUUCCAGAAGAGAUGCGCACACAUCAACACCAGUGUUCCCUUCGGAUGGACCCGUCUCAAUGAGAACGAGGAGGAGCCCAAACCCGACCGCCCUCUACCCAAGGCAGUUCCACGGGACAAUGACUUCGUGAAGUCUGACAAGCAGGCACGACAAAAAAGGUUCCGCCUCGCCCGCAGGCCGACAACAACCGGAUCUGUCCAUGCCACCGGUCCUCUCCUGCCGUCAUCUGGCAGCCCCGGCACCAUCCCUUACUACCAUGUCGCUCUCAAGGCUCUUCUCAACGCCCUCAGGCAGGGCGACACAUUCAGGCUGUACCUUGCUCUCAUGGGCCUGGUCCGUGGUCAUGAGACAGCCGGUGGGAGCGAGGCCUUCACCCAGGUCGUGGCAACCAUUCCUGCCACCACCUUUUCCGAAAUCCUGAGGAAUCUCGACCCUCACAGGGUUGCCGAGGAGGUCGACACCGCCCCUGGCAUCAACAUCACGUACGGCACGGCUGUUUACACCCCCCUGGGCGAGCUGGUCAACCAGUGGGGUGUCAAGACCCUCUACGUCCGCAUCCUCCGCCGCCUGUUGCACAUCCAGCUUGCCCGAAGGAGCGCUGGCCUCGUGCCGCUGAUGAACGACUACGUCGUCCUGAUCAGGUGUGCCGGGGCCGCCUCCAACAUCCGGGCCGCCAAGGAUCUUUGGCAUGCCAUGGUGGGGGACGGCCGUGUCACUAUCCGGCACUCGACGGCAUACAGCGAGUUUCUCAGGGCCAGAUACCUAGCCGAAAAUAUCUAUGCAAACAAUGACUUGAACAGGUUCAGGCUGAGGCCGCUAGACAUGCAUCGCAGCAGCUUAAGGCUAAGACCCCACUCCGUCCUCAGGCUCAAGAACAUCAUGUCAAGCAUCCGGGGCCGCCGGAAGCACCGCUUCGGAUCCAACAUGCACGAGCGCUUCUACGACGAGCCCCUGACCAGGGUGCUUCGCAAACGGGACCCCCUGAACAAGCUCGAGCGCGCGGUGGUGCUCCGUGGCAUGAGCAACAACGAGGAUGUCGUGUGUGCCCUGGUGAAAGCGAACGGCCGGGUCGGUCGCCUGGCAGCCACCAGAGGUCUUCUCAAGGCGAAAUGGGGCUUGGCCAUCGGCAAGGACCCGGCGACAGGUGCUAUAUCAAUCGAAGGAGGCCACACCUACCCACCAGACUCGCCGCGGAGACCGACAGCGGCGCUCCUCGACGCAGUUGUCCACGGUUAUGGCUGUGCCGGGGAGAUCACGACCGCCGUGAGGCUCGUCGACUACAUAUCGCAGCACUUCAGCAUCCCGGUCCCAGACCGCGUCUGGUCGGACCUGAUCGAUUACACGCGCAUCAUGCAGACGAGGCCGGCCUCGACCGAGUGGGCCAUCGCAAACCUGGCGACCAAGGGCGCCAGGCGCCAGCACGUGAUGGAGAUAUGGAAGCUCUGCACGCAGGAGCCGUACAGCUUCCAGCCGGGCGCGGCGGACUACUACAACCUGAUCAAGUCCCUCAUCGACAGGGGCCAGCCGGUGCUGCACGCGGUCGAGGCGCUCCGGCAGAUCAAGCCGCUCUACGACGAGGCCGUCGGCGCGUGCGAGCAGGCCUGGUGCGAGCUGGUGCAGACCACGGCGCAGGGCGUGCCCAACCACGGCGCCUUCCGCCGCUACAAGCUGCUCCAGGCGCGGAGGAGCCACGUGUGGUUCAUGUUCCAGUACAGCAUCCACCUGAUACUCAAGGGGCUGCGGCCGGGCCGCAUCGACGACGAGAGCGCCGUCAGGGCCGUCCCGAAGCUCAUCGGCGACUUUGCGCCGUUCAUCCCCAGUGGUGGUGUCUCGUACCGUAUCGCGACCGGGCUGGUGGAGUUUAACACUGGCGCGUCGAUUCAGGGACCCAAGGUGAAGGUGAGCCAAUUGCUGGCGGAACCAAUGUGGCCUACCAAGCACGACCGGCUGUCGACCCCCAAGGUUGAGAUGGGUGGUGGGGUGGACAAGGAUGGCCACGCCGAGGGCACGGGCGCAUCGGAGAAGAGCGAAGACGCCGAACAAGACAUGCCCGUGUCCUAUGACGAACAGAGCCCUGGGUAUCGCCCCCCGACCGGGCGGCGCAGGGACAAGUGGGAGGUGGAGAAGCCGGCAUACAUGUUCAGGCCGCGGUUCAGCGGGCCGGCUGACCAGCAGACCAUACUCUCGCUGCGGCGCGACGGCGGCGAGUUCACGGGGUACCAUGACGACCCGGCGCGGAGGCGGUUUGCGGCGUACAGGGUGAUACGGACCACGAGCCGGGUGGGGGCGGUGCCGGUUGACCUGGACUGGGCUGGGGGGCCGGGGGGAGGGCACAAGUCGCGCCGGACCAAGAUGGUGGAGGAGGUGAUGCGGAUGAGGACGUGA